AUGAUACUCCAGAAUUUCAAUGAUACUCUCAGAGUCAAUUCUGCUUCGUCACAGAAGUCGAACGAAUUGCCACUCGCCGGCAUCCGUGUCUUGGAGAUAGGACAGGUAAUUGCAGGACCAUUCUGCGGACAGCUGUUAGGGCAUUUCGGAGCGGAGGUCGUCAAGGUUGAGCCACCCGGUGUGGGCGACCCCUUGCGCGUUUGGAGGGAACUGGACGUGGACGGGGUGAGUCCAUGGUGGAGAAGCAUCGGACGCAACAAGAAAAGUGUGACAAUAGAUCUACGGAAGCAAGAAGGACGAGAGUUGGUAAGGAAAUUAGCCAUAAAGAGCGACGUGUUACUCGAGAAUUUCAAGCCGGGAACGCUCGAAAAAUGGAUAUUGGGGCCAGCAAACCUCCACCCGCACAAUCCCUCGCUCAUUUUCACUCGCGUCAGCGGCUACGGCCAAACGGGUCCCUGGUCCUCGCGGCCGGGCUACGCGUCGGUGACCGAAGCAGAGUCAAGAUUUAGGUACGUGAACGGGUUCCCCGAUCUUGAGACGGGCGCGAUGUCCGGCCCGCCUGUCCGCCCGAAUCUCAGCAUAGGGGACUCGGUUGCGGGGUUGCAUGCUGCUUUCGGGACGGUCUUGGCGCUGUUCUCGAGACGAGCGAGAGAGGCGAAAGGCCAGCAUGGAGGCCAGACUGUCGACGUGAGCUUACUCGAAAGUAUGAUCAACCUAAUGGAAGGCGUCAUCCCAGAAUAUGAUCGCAAGGGAAAGAUCCGCGGGUCCUCAGGCUCCUCCAUCACAGGCAUCGUCUCAACGAACGUCUUCCCCUGCAAACCAUCUCCAACCAACCUGCACGUACCUUCCUACAUCGUCAUCGGCGCGAACGCCAACUCGAUGUACGUCCGGCUCAUGAGCGCCAUCGGACGGCCGGACCUCACCGGGCCCCACUACGCCCGCAACCAGCACCGCGUUGCGCGGCAGCAGGUGAUUGAAGACGCCAUCAGCGCAUGGACGCGCGAGCGCACAGCGGAGGAGGUGGAAGAGGUGCUUCAGGCGGUCGGCGUACCGACAGGGCGCGUGCUCUCCAUCAAGGAGCUCGUGGAGAACCCGCAGGUGCAGGCGCGGGGGAUGCUGGAGGACCUCCCAGUGCGCAACCCUAAGACGGGCGAGGAGUGGACGGUCAAGGUGCCGAAGAUGGUGCCGUUCCUCGAGGGAUGUGAGAGCAAGACGCGAUGGGCGGGACCUGAGCUCGGCCAGCACAACCAUGAGGUGCUGGUAGAGGAGUUGGGGCUCAGCGAAGAACAGCUGAACAGACUUCAGGCUGAUGGAGUUAUUGGCAAGUGCUAA